AUGACGGUCAAUAAAUCACUGAAUAUCAGUUUAACAUUCAGAGGUGUUGUGGGUGUCCCACCUGUUUUUUUAAAUGAAGUGUUUCAAUUUUUGAAGAGCCCGGCCAACGUAACCUUAUCCCUGGGUAAGCCGCUACAGGUGCUCUGUACUCUCCAGGGAGAUGGGGGUGGAGAGGAGCCUCCGGGUGUGGUGUGGUUGAGGGACAGUCAAUCCCUGGAUUACGCUGACACCAAUCAAGUGCAAGUGCCUGUCACUGAAGGAGGUUGGCUGACCAGCAGUGAACUCAGAAUUGAUCAUGUGAAGCUGUCAGACAUUGGGAGAUACUGUUGUAUGGCAACAGUUGGGAGGAAGGACUUGAUGUCUCAGGAGGGGCACAUUCAGCUGGAGGGAAUCCCACAUUUCUCAGUGAAGCCUCAUGACGUGACAGUGGUGGCUACUGUUAGCCUCAGCCUGCAGUGUUUGGCCCAUGGGCCUCCAGAACCAGUCAGGAUCAUCUGGCUGCAGAACGGAGGACCACUCAACACGAUACAGGACCCAGUGUCCCAUUCUCCCUCUACUCUCAAUAUCACAGGCAAAGACUGUCUUAUUUGCAUGCCACACGUAGAACGAAUCAAAAUCAAAUCAAAUUGUAUUUGUCACAUACUUUGUAAACAACAGGUGUAGACUAACAGUGAAAUGCUGAUUUAAUGGUCCUUUUCCAACAAUGCAGAGUUAAAGAUAAAAAAAAUAAAACAUUUACAUAGUGACACGAGGAAAAAGCAUUUCUGUUGUUAUGUAUUGUGUGAUGUAAAACAUAUUUUCAGAGGCAAUUCUUUCAUUAAAGAGUGUUGAUAAAAUCAAAAGCAUUCAUUAUAUCACUG